ACGAAAGAGAUUAAACGUCUUAUUCCGAUGACGAAAGACAUCGUCGCAUGUUGGAUAAUAAUAUAUUAAGCCAUUUACAUAUCUAUGAUGUCUAUAUAUAUAUAUAAAUAUACAUUUGACCAACCUGACUGAGAUUAAAAACAUGGAAAAUAAAGUUGUUGUGGAGCUGAAGAAUCUGGUUGACGACGCGACGUUAGCUCCUGAAGAGAAGACGACUUUAGUCCUCCACACACUGCGAGAGGCCCUGACCAGGGGGUCGGUCGGUCCAACCCAGGACCUGGCCGGUCUGAAGAGGCGUCUGGUCGACGCCCACAUCCUGGACUUCUGCUUAGCAGCCAUGAGCCUGGAGCAUGUUACCAUGGAGACUGAUGCACUGCAGCCGGAGAGCCUCACCAUGGAGACCUGGAGGAACGCUGUGCACCUGGGCCAGAUCCUCAGUUCCUGCUGUGUGGGGGCGGAGCCUGACAAAGACCAGAAGGCAUUCUACAGGCUGCUGCCGUCGGUCAUGGAGGGACUGCUUUCAUUGGCUUGCAGGCUGAUGACUCAAGUAGCAGAGAGAACAGAGUGUCUCUCUCUCUAUAGGACGGUAAUGGAUUCGGUGGGGUGGCUCCUCGGGGCCCACAGCUGUCUCACCCCUCAAGUUCUGAGCUCUCUGUAUUAUGAGAGGAUGCAGGUGUGCGAUGACGUCAUCAUCUCUCUGGUCUGCGUUUCACUGUGGAGUCAAAUCUGCAGAACCAGCAGUGACUUCCUGUCGGGGUUGAGUGACGACUCCGUGCUCCUGUUGAUGAACGACGCUGUCGGCCAGUUGGCUGUCAGCUCUGACAACGCAGUGGGCGGAGCUUGCAUUGGCUUGCUUGUCCUAAUAGCCAAUCAGCUGGACAGGCCACGCCACGCCCUCCUCCGCACCUUCCCAGGUUUGGACCGCCUUCUCAACAAAGACUGGAGGAGGCGGGGCUUCAAGCAAGAGGUCGAUCAGCUCAUUGCAAUCCUUCAUUCUGAUUGGCCCACAGCAGAAAACACCCAGGCGUGUUGUGAGCGCGUGCGGGCCGCCUGUGUGAUCCAGGCCGCGUGGAGAGGUCAUGUGACCAGAAAUAGAAUCAAGAACCUGCCCAGAGCGGUUGGCCUCCUGCAGAGGAAAUACAGGGCGAAGGUCCAUCAGCGAAAACUUCUGGAACAGACGAAUCGUUGGGAAGCAGAGCUCAAAUACCAGGUAUAUUUGAGGAGACAACGAGCCAGAAGGCGUUUCCACCAGAAGCAGAAACAGCUGCUUCACCUUCUACCAGCUGCGCUGGUCCGGAGGUACCAGCACCAGCUGGAGGGUUCUGCUGCCGUGGCGAUCCAGAGAUGGUGGCGAGGGCACCGGGAGGAGAGGAGCUUCCACACACUCCGUCACGCACACACACAGCACCGUGCAGCGAGCACCCUGCAGAGAGCGGUUCUUAACUUCCUGAGGAAACGCAGAGGUUUGAAGGCCCCGCCCACGUGCUUUAAAUUGAUUGGUCUGACGGACAGACGAAGGGCGGAGCUAAAUAAAGAGGUUGAGCACUAUGUUCGUCAUAAUCCGUCGUGCGCUGUGUCCCAGCAGGCCUGCGGUCAGCUGUUCCUCCAGACCCAGAGCCUCCUCCUCUCCGCUGACCUGGAGCUCCACGCCCGCCGACAGCAGCACAGAGACGCCCUGCUGGCCCACACCAACACACAGCUGGACCUGCUGGCAGACGCCCCCUCCCUGGGGGUUGCCACGGCUACAGAGGUGCAGGUCUUCCACAGUCGCUCCGGGCCGGUGGCGGCCUGGGCCCAGCACUCCCAUGAUGCAUUGCUGCAGGCUGGCAGCCGGCCCUGGUGGAACAGCUGGCUGGAUAACCCUGAUGACCUCACUUCCCCUCUAAGUCCCGCCUCUCAAGUAGAGCUGGAAGUCGGGUUGGAUUCUGAUUGGAAGUUUGAUUGUCCAGUAAUUUAAGAUAUUCAACACAUCAAUUAAAACCUUGGUUAAUCCUAAAGUAUUUGAAUCUGUUACUUUACCUUGAAUGUUUGCAUUAGAGCUAAGAAAAAGGUUAAUUUAAGUUAACUUAGUGCUAGCAUUAGAGGUAGACCAGGUUAAUUUAGGUUAACUUAGUGCUAGUAUUAGAGGUAGACCAGGUUAAUUUAGGUUAACUUAGUGCUAGCAUUAGAGGUAGACCAGGUUAAUUUAGGUUAACUUAGUGCUAGUAUUAGAGGUAGACCAGGUUAAUUUAGGUUAACUUAGUGCUAGCAUCAGAGGUAGACCAGGUUAAUUUAGGUUAACUUAGUGCUAGCAUUAGAGGUAGACCAGGUUAAUUUAGGUUAAUUUAGUGCUAGCAUUAGAGGUAGACCAGGUUAAUUUAGGUUAACUUAGUGCUAGCAUCAGAGGUAGACCAGGUUAAUUUAGGUUAACUUAGUGCUAGCAUUAGAGGUAGACCAGGUUAAUUUAGGUUAAUUUAGUGCUAGCAUUAGAGGUCGACCAGGUUAAUUUAGCUGUUAGUGCUAGCAUUAGAGGUAGACCAGGUUAAUUUAGGUUAACUUAGUGCUAGUAUUAAAGGUAGACCAGGUUAAUUUAGGUUAACUUAGUGCUAGCAUUAGAGGUAGACCAGGUUAAUUGAGCUGUUAGUCCUCAUUAGAGGUAGACCAGGUUAACUUAGCUGUUAAUGUAAUCGUGAUGUAUCAUCCCCUCCAUUUUGGAAUAAUAGGAGCCUUGGAAUGGCUUGUGAUGAUGCUCUUUAUCAUACAUCAUUUGUACGCUUAAAUUACGCACCCAGGGUAUCUGCAGGAUUCACAAGUCAAAUUGAAGACUUUUUAAACGAUAUUUAAGACCUAAAACACGCGAUGGUGGGGGUUGGCAACAGACGCAAGCCAACUUCGGAAACGGACGUCUUCCAGCAAAGCAUUGUUUAAAAAGUGCAUUAUACAUUAAGUUAUGGUACUUAUACAGAGAAUAGACAAUAGGGAACGCCCCAUUUCUGAACGGCUCUGGGUCUGGAAGUAGAUCUCUCCCAUUUAUUUUUCUGCAUUGACUUCAGAAAGUGUGUGUGUGUGCGGUUCUACCGUUUUUAAAACAUGUGAGUUCAGUUACGUGCUCUUUCAACAUGAUGCACUCCUAGCCUUUAUCCGACCCAAACUACUACAUAGCACUGCUAUAUCAUAUAGGUUUUAUUUGAUUUAUUCUUACUACUCACUGCGGCAGACAAGAUUAGUACAACUCUCUCAGCUAACUAGCGAGCAUGCUAAGCUUACCAAUGCCCUGUAGUCUUCUCCUUCACACUGGUCCCCACUCCAGUCCGACCUGUACUGGUUUCCUCCCAGUGGACGCUGGUCCUCACUCCAGUCCAGUCUGACCCGUACUGGUUUCCUCCCAGUGGACGCUGGUCCUCACUCCAGUCCUGUCCGACCUGUACUGGUUUCCACCCAGUGGACGCUGGUCCUCACUCCAUUCCAGUCCGACCUGUACUGGUUUCCACCCAGUGGGCGCUGGCCCUCA